AACGCCCUGAGUGGCGCCAGCUGCCCCCAGGGCGGCCCCCCACGCUGAGGGGAGGCAGCUGCAGCGGGGCAGGUAAAAAGCGGCACCUGAGUCCUCAGUAUGCUGCGGGAGCGAUCGGCAGCAGAAGCAGGAGGAAAGCACUGCGGGUUGUUUUUUUUUUUUUUUUUUUUUUUUUUUUUUCCUCCGUUUUAUCUACUUUUUGGUGCAUGGAGAGGCUGGUGGAACUGUGGACGCCGUGAGCCAGUUGUUGUCUCCUGUUCUGGAUCACAUGAAGUAAACUCUUCUGCACCAAUUCCUCCUGAGAAGUUCUCCCUGAUAAGAAAUAGGAUGGUGUCAUUUCUUCAGCCUUCUGAACCAGAAAUCUCUUGUAUCAUCGGCUCAAGCUGCUCAUGGAUGACGUCUACAGAUAGUUUUGGAAAACCAGACUGGGUAUUAUCUUCAGUCAGUGUCCUGGUGUCUCAGGAGAGGCAGCAGCUGCUUCUGGAAAAUAGCUCCUCCCAAGGAGGUGUUGAAGGAGACAUUUUCCUUCUGAACAUGAGUAGGCUGCCAGAUAGAUGCAAGUUCAGCCUCCACAGCCCAAUCCUGCCUGGGAGCGUGGACUCUUGUUUGCUGGAACUAGCUGUAUAUUCACAGGAUGCUGUUCCUCUUCUCCAGCGGUUCACAGUUGAAAUCAGAUAUGUGGACACAAACAGAAAUAUAAUAAUUUCUCUGAAAGUUGGCCAUGAAGAGGAUGCUGGGGUGAAAUGGAAAUCCAUGAUGGCUCAGAUUGGCCGAAUAGAAAGACCUUUUAAAAUCACCUUGCUGUAUUCGAACUGUGGCGCUCAAGAGGCUGGACUGCUGGCAGUGGGCUCCUUGCAGCUCAGAAACUGCUUCCAUGAUAAAGAAAACCCAGAUCUUUCUAUAUAUAACAAAGGCUCUUCCUUCCCCUGCCUUCACGGAGGCUGUGUUAGCCACUUACAAAUCUGUGAAUUCAUCAGUGAUUGCCCUACCAAAGAAGUGGAAGGAGUGAGAUGUGAUAGUCUCCCAGAGGGUUCACAUUGCUCUUUUGAAAAGGGUUCGUGCGGCUGGACACUGAAUGAGACUGCAGCAUCUGCUUGGUCUAUCAAGGGGUUUAAUGACAUGAUUCACAGUGGUUCAUUUGUAGGGUCUGCCUUGCAAAGCACUGGAGGACACUUUCUCUAUCUGCGAGCAGAUAGUAAUCACACAAAUGGUAUGGCCAAGGCUUUCAGUACAAGCUUGCCAGCUAGUAUUGCCACUGAAGAUUACCAGAUCCAAUUCUCAGUGCAUGUUUUUGGCAGCUACAAUGGUACCAUCUCCUUCUCUGUCAGGGAAGAGAGAAAUGGAGUUCCAGUUACCUUGCCAAUGUGGGAAAGAGCAGGAAGCUGGAGUGACCAUUGGUUUCUCAUCACUUUACCAAUGCCAGUGCUUCAGAACAGGUUUCAACUGCAACUUCUGGCAACCUGGGGCUGGAAUUCCCAAGCUGACAUCGCUAUUGACAAUAUUACGUUUGGAAUGGAUUGCUUUGCUGAUGGAAGACAACCAACUCAUUUUAAAGGAAAGCAUCAGUUCCCACGGGAGAUUAGUAGUCCUGAUGAGCAUCUUCUGAACCCCCUGGAAGAGCCUUCCCUCCCAGGGGACACAUCUGUUGUUCUCUGGUGGUUCUCAACAUGUGGUGCCAGUGGUCCACACGGGCCAACUCAAGCUCAGUGUGACAACGCCUACAGGGGCAGCAAUGUGUCGGUGAUUGUAGAGAAGGAGGGCAGGCUCCGAGGAGUGCAAGUCUGGAGAGUGCCAGCUACAAACCGGUACAGAAUUUCUGCCUAUGGAGCAGCUGGAGGGAAGGGAGCCAAAAACCACAAUGAGAGGUCCCACGGGGUCUUCAUCUCGGCCACCUUCCAGCUGGAGAAAGAUGAGCUGCUGUACAUCUUAGUGGGGCAGCAGGGGGAGGAUGCCUGCCCUGGGGCCAAUCCUCAGACCCAGAAGAUCUGCUUAGGGGAGUCAUCUGUCAUUGAAGAAGAUUACAAAAAAAAAAAGGACCUGAAGGACUGGGCUGGAGGAGGUGGGGGUGGAGGAGGAGCAACCUACGUCUUUAGACAGAAGGAUGGGAUUUUCGAACCUUUGCUCAUCGCAGCAGGAGGAGGAGGAAAAGCCUAUCUGAAGGCUCAGGACAACUCCCUGGAUGACGUACCUCUGGAGCAAUUUGAGAACAGCACUGCAGUACCGGGAGUCAGUGGAAGAACUGGGGCAGCAGGUGGAGGUGGUGGCUGGCAAGAUGUGACUCUGCUUCCUCAAGCUGGGAAAUCCCUCUUGGAAGGUGGAGAAGGGGGUCAAGCUUGUCACCAAGCAUUAGCCAAGCUCCAGUGGGCUACCUCUGGUGGUUUUGGUGGUGGAGGAGGAGCUUGUACUUCUGGUGGAGGAGGUGGAGGUUACAGAGGGGGGCAUGCCUCUAAAAAUGAUGAUAUCACAGCUGGUGGGCAGUAUGGCAUCUCGUUUGUGAAUCCCAUUGGAGAGAUCUUCUUGCAUCCCCUUGCAGCCGUGGAGAAUGAUGGUGAGGUGGAGGUUCAGAUCUAUCUUAACUGUAGCCACUGCCACUCAGACAACUGUAAGAGAGACCCUGACACCAACCUGCCAGUCUGCCAAUGUGAGAUGGGGGCUGUGCUAGCCAAUGACAAUGUCACCUGCACUGUUCCACAGGGUCAUAUCCCAGAGGGACAUCUGCCUCUCCCACUCCUCCUAGCUGUGGUGGCUGUAAUUGUGAUGCUCGGAAUGAUCCUCACUGGUGGCAGCCUAUCUAUCAUUUAUCACCUUAAGAAGCAGCAACUGGAAGGAGCCAGAGCACGACUGCAGAGCCCGGAAUAUAAACUGAGUAAAAUCCGCACAUCAGCCAUCAUGACAGAUUACAACCCCAACUACUGCUUUGCUGGGAAGGCCGCCACUCUGAGUGAGCUGAAGGAGAUCCCACGGAAGAACAUCUCUCUGCUUCGGGCACUAGGACAUGGUGCGUUUGGUGAGGUUUAUGAAGGAACAGUGGUAGGCAUCGCAGGGGAUCCCAGUCCUCUCCAAGUGGCUAUUAAGACACUGCCAGAAGUCUGCUCCGAGCAAGAUGAGAUGGAUUUCCUGAUGGAAGCACUGAUUAUCAGUAAGUUCAAUCAUCAGAAUAUUGUGCAGUGCAUUGGUGUUAGCCUGCAGACGCUGCCUCGCUUCAUUCUUCUUGAGCUCAUGGCUGGAGGAGAUAUGAAGAGUUUUCUUCGACAGAAUCGACCCAGAGUGAAUCAGCCAUCCAUGCUAACGAUGCAGGACCUGCUGAACAUAGCUAGAGAUAUCGCCUGUGGCUGUAAAUAUCUGGAAGAGAAUCAUUUCAUACACAGAGAUAUAGCUGCAAGGAAUUGCCUUUUGACCUGCACUGGGGCAGGUCGAAUAGCCAAAAUCGGUGACUUCGGGAUGGCCAGAGAUAUCUACAGAGCAAGUUACUAUCGCAAGGGAGGAAGAGCCAUGCUUCCUGUCAAGUGGAUGCCACCAGAAGCUUUUCUAGAAGGCAUUUUUACCUCCAAAACUGACACCUGGUCCUUUGGUGUCCUUCUCUGGGAGAUUUUCUCUCUAGGCUACAUGCCAUAUCCCUGCAAAACUAAUCAGGAAGUGCUGGAAUUUGUCACCAGUGGAGGAAGAAUGGACCCGCCAAAGAACUGUCCAGGGCCUGUGUACCGCAUCAUGACGCAGUGCUGGCAGCACAGCCCAGAAUACCGGCCAAACUUCUCUACCAUCCUGGAAAGAAUUAAGUACUGCACGCAGGACCCUGAUGUGAUCAACACACAGCUGCCCAUGGAGUGUAGCCCAACACCAGAGGAUGAAGGGAACACAGUUGUGCGCCCAAGUGUUCCCAGUGGGAUAGUGCCCCUGUUGGUGAGCCCUUCUCUUACACCUCAGAUGACACCAAAAAGCCUGGAUACCCACUGUACUGGGCACAAACUCGUACAAUGUCCACAAGAGCUACUGGUGGAGAACCUCAGCAACCGGACUGCUCGAGGGCCCAGCCUGCCAUGCCUCAGUGAUUUCAACAGUGCGUCCUGGAUCCAGAAUUCAAACCAGAAGUUAGAAUUCAGCAAUCCACCAACCCACAGACUGAAGAACAAAACUAAAAACCUUUGGAAUCCAACCUAUGGAUCAUGGGUGCUAGAGAACAGCUGUCACUUAAGCCCCAUCUCCAAACUGAAAGUAACUCCAGAGCGAGAAGAUUCAGGCUUUGAUGGAAAUUGCAGUUCUUCUCCUAGUUCUCGGGCAUCUCCAGCAUCUCCAAGUCGAAACAACUGCCCUCACUUAGAUAUUGGUGGGAUCGAACUGGUGAAACUCCAGAAUUUCCCCUGUGGGAAUGUAAAUUAUGCAUAUGAUGAUCUGUGCUUUGGCACUGAUCACUCACCGUCAGUUUUGACAGGGGUCAGAGCAGCUGUGCUAAGGAGCUCCAGUCUGCAUACAGAUGAGAAACCUUUUUAUAAAACAGAGAAAGCAGCAAGAGAGAGGGACUCUGGUCUGUCUCUGUCAGAUGACUUGAGUGUUACACCAGUAUAACAGAAAAGAUUCAUCCAAAGAUCAGAGAAUGUGAGUGUUUCUGGAACGGCAAACUUGAACUGCUUCCUAUUUCACUUACUUCCUCCAUGUAAGUUCCUUUACAGGGGUGAUGUUUCAACAUCAGCAGUGAUCUGCCUCCUCCUUCUACCUGCCAGAUCCCCAGAUCAUUACAGACGGUUGUAUUUCUACUUCUGUCCACCGAAUGUAUUCCACUGGACCAACUUAGUUGUAGAGAACAGCGUUGCUGCUCUGAGUCAGGAUACAAUACCUAACAAAAGACCUCUUUUUCAAUCUGCUCAGGUGAAAAGAAACAGACCUAUCAGCCAACCACAGUGUUUGGAUGGAAAUAAUGAGCAACACAGGUUGCUCUUCUGUCUGACCUAAGAAACCAAAAAUGCAUGCUGUGCCAGCAGCGAACAACUUGUGAAGACCUGCUGUGUUUCCUUGAGCUUUUUACUGCCCUGAUGACUUGCCUAAUGAUGCUCACAUAGUGAUGGGAAAGUAAAUGAAUAGCAGCCACAUUUUCAUCUGUUUAAUAGCAGACCCUUUAGAAAACAUGAAGUUACUGCUUAAAUUGGAAACAGCAAGAAGGAUGAAAAAAAAUCCAGGAUCCUCUGAGCAUGUGUUUUGAAAACAAGCAAUGAAGAGGAAAACAAAUUUAUGAUUGAAAAAAAAUAGCUGGUGAAGCUGAUGGUAUCUCUUUGGAAAGAGAUACCUUCCUUACAAGGAAAAUGUGUUGCUUGCCUCAUGGUGUUGUGUUCUUCACAGCUCCUGGUGUGGAAGGGGCAGGUGGCUUUCCAAGAAGGAGUGAGCUGCCAGGGGGUGAUGGGAAAUGGACUGUCUUCAUCUUUUAAUGGACUUUAUUUGGGAUGGACUUCGUUUUUGUAAGUACUUUGAUAUGCAGCAGUAAUUUCCUGUGCUAUGUUGAUAAGCAUUACUGAUGUUCUAAGGUAACAGUAGAACGUGGUAGGCUGUAGCUGGUUUCAAUUUUCAUAUAUACUCCUUUGAAGUAGAAACAGAGUAAUGCAAGGGAACAGAGUGAAGACAACCUGCUUAAUAUAGACAUCGCUUUACAACACCCCUUCUACAGCAAGGCAAAAUAGUUCAGCCACUUGAGAAAGCUAAAACUAUGACUUGGCUUCACACACCUGAGCAGGUUGUCAUUCUCUUUAACCUUUCGAGCAUACAGAGUUGCUGGUUAAGGUAGUUGUUUUUUUGAAGAAAGAUUAUUUCUAAGGCUUUUUCUCCUGUUAUUUGGGGUCUAAACAGAUGUUUAUUGGUUAAAGCCUGGAGCCUGGGAAAGUAAAUAAUUUGGUUUAACCUGA